AUGGCCUCCUCCUCCUCCUCCUCCUCCAUCACCAUCCUCCUCCUCCUCCUCCUCCUCCUCCACAUCGCCGCCGCGAAAAAAACCUACAUCGUCCGAGUCAAACACUCCGAUAAACCAGAAUCAUUCCAAUCUCACCACGAUUGGUACUCAUCCCAACUCAAUUCCGAAUCCUCUCUUCUCUACACUUACACAACCUCUUUCCAUGGCUUCUCCGCUUACCUCACCUCCUCCGAAGCCGAAUCACUCCUCCGCGACUCCGAUUCAAUCCUCGACGUCUUCGAAGAUCCUCUCUACACACUUCACACAACACGUACACCGGAGUUCCUCGGUCUCAAUUCCGAAUUCGGCGUUUACACUAAUCAAGAUCUCGUCUCCGCUUCUAACGGCGUUAUCAUCGGAGUUUUGGAUACUGGAGUUUGGCCUGAAUCUAAGAGUUUUGAUGAUACUGAUAUGCCUGAGAUCCCUUCUAAAUGGAGAGGUGAAUGUGAAUCUGGUUCCGAUUUCGAUUCGAAAUUGUGUAACAAGAAGCUAAUCGGAGCUAGAAGCUUCUCCAAAGGGUUUCAAAUGGCUUCAGGCGGUGGUGGUUUCUCGAGUAAACGUGAAUCUGUUUCUCCUCGUGAUGUUGAUGGUCAUGGAACUCAUACUUCAACUACAGCUGCUGGAUCUGCGGUUAGAAACGCUAGCUUCCUUGGUUACGCUGCUGGUACGGCGAGAGGUAUGGCGACUCGUGCUCGUGUUGCUACUUAUAAAGUUUGUUGGAGUACUGGUUGUUUUGGAUCUGAUAUCUUAGCUGCUAUGGAUCGAGCUAUACUUGAUGGUGUUGAUGUUCUUUCUUUAUCUCUUGGUGGUGGCUCUGCUCCGUAUUAUCGAGAUACGAUUGCGAUUGGAUCGUUCUCGGCUAUGGAGAAAGGUGUGUUUGUGUCUUGUUCAGCUGGUAAUAGUGGUCCGACUAGAGCCUCGGUUGCGAAUGUUGCGCCUUGGGUUAUGACUGUUGGUGCUGGAACUUUGGAUAGAGAUUUUCCGGCUUUUGCGAAUCUUGGUAACGGGAAAAGGCUUACCGGUGUUUCGCUUUAUAGUGGUGUGGGAAUGGGAACGAAGCCGCUUGAGUUGGUUUAUAAUCAAGGGAAUAGUAGUUCUAGUAAUCUUUGUUUGCCUGGUUCGCUUGAUUCGAGUAUUGUUCGUGGUAAGAUUGUUGUUUGUGAUAGAGGUGUGAAUGCUAGAGUUGAGAAAGGUGCUGUGGUGAGAGAUGCUGGUGGUUUGGGGAUGAUAAUGGCGAAUACUGCUGCGAGUGGUGAGGAGCUUGUGGCGGAUAGUCAUUUGCUUCCUGCUAUUGCUGUAGGGAAGAAGACUGGUGAUUUACUUAGGGAGUAUGUUAAGUCGGAUUCUAAUCCGACUGCUGUUCUUGUUUUUAAAGGAACGGUUCUUGAUGUUAAGCCGUCCCCUGUGGUUGCUGCUUUUAGCUCGAGAGGUCCUAAUACUGUUACUCCUGAAAUCUUGAAACCUGAUGUUAUUGGUCCUGGUGUUAAUAUCUUGGCUGGUUGGUCUGAUGCUAUUGGUCCUACUGGUCUUGAAAAGGACUCGAGGAGGACUCAGUUCAACAUCAUGUCAGGUACGUCAAUGUCAUGCCCACACAUUAGUGGUUUAGCUGGUCUUUUGAAAGCAGCUCAUCCGGAGUGGAGUCCGAGUGCUAUCAAAUCAGCUCUCAUGACCACAGCUUACGUUCUUGACAACACCAACUCCCCUCUCCAUGAUGCUGCAGACAACAGCCUCUCUAACCCACAUGCUCACGGCUCAGGCCAUGUAGAUCCCCAAAAGGCUCUCUCACCGGGUCUUGUCUACGACAUCUCAACCGAGGAAUACAUCAGGUUCUUGUGCUCUCUAGAAUACACAGUUGAUCACAUUGUUGCGAUUGUGAAACGAUCUAGCGUAAACUGCACAAAGAAGUUCUCUGAUCCUGGUCAGCUCAACUACCCAAGUUUCUCUGUUUUGUUUGGGGGUAAAAGAGUUGUGCGGUACACUCGGGAAGUAACAAAUGUCGGUGCAGCAAACUCGGUUUACAAAGUGAUGGUUAAUGGGGCUCCUACUGUUGAAAUCUCGGUUAAACCAUCAAAGCUUACGUUUAAAAGGGUUGGAGAGAAGAAGAGGUACACAGUCACGUUUGUUAGCAAGAAAGGAGUGAGUAUGACUAACAAAGCUGAGUUUGGAUCCAUCACUUGGAUCAAUCCGCAACACGAAGUAAGAAGUCCCGUCGCAUUCUCUUGGAACCGGUUUUGAUUAAAAAUCAACAACGAAACACAAAUCUAACAUCCCUAGUGAUGUUUUUUUUUUUUCUUUCUAUUUAAGUUGAGUUCCUAGUGAUGAUUUUGGUUUCUAGAUGAUUGGGUUUAGGCUAAACCAAAACCAAUCCUUGAGCCGUAAUGAUGAUAAUCAUCAUGUAGUGGGGAAGUAAAGUGUUCUUGUUUGGUUUUUGAGUCAUUGAGUGUGUAGGUAAUGAAGAAGACCAUCCCCAAAAAAAGAGAGUUCGGGAUGGUAGUAGAAAAAAAUGUUUCAUUGUGUUGCUUCGAGUUUUCCAUUUAACUAUAUUAUACUGAUGAAAUUAUGAAAUUGUCUCUUUUAUAAAUAACCUAAUGUUGUGACAUCA